AUGCGCUCUCGCAUUGUCUGUAGCUUGAUCGCCGUCACUUCGCUCUUGAGCGGUGCAGCGGCUGGGCCUUGUAAGCCUUCAAGAACUCUCACGCUGCCUACUUCUGCUCCUGAGGAUUCCAGUUCAAGCACUUCCGAAGUUACCUCGUCAAUCGUUGUUGAUACUGCCUUGUCGCUAACGCUGGACACAAUACUAUCAAGUGUUACCGACGAUGCUUCUCUAUCAACUGCGUCUGAAUACGUCAUCACCUCGACCGAUAUUUCCUUGUCAAUGUUAACUGAUGAUGCUUUGUCAUUCACGACUGAUACUUCAAAGAUAUGGACAUCAACCACCGGGACUGCUGCAUUGACUACUGAGACCACGAGCUCCAUCGAAACCUCAUCAAGCACUGGUGAAUCUUCUACUACCAUCAGCGAAGCGAUAACGACCACGGAAAUCUCUACAAUGGCUACCGAAGCCAUUACAACGACUACACAAGCAACCACCACAAAUGGCGCACCCUCAGUCAUACCUACAUUUUCUCUUCAAGCUGCCGACUCAGCCGGCAAAGCGUUAACGGGCUCUUCUUUCUCCAAUAUCUACCUUACUGCGGAGUCGAACAGUUUCUAUGAGACAGGCGACUUUCACAUUGAGACAUCUACGAACCGUCUCAUGGUUGGCGACAAGUACGCUUCAGUUAGUACAUCAAGGUCAAACAUCCUCGCGGCUCGAACCGCCACCAGCGUCACCACAAACAACUACCUCUUUAUUUCAUGCACUCCGCCUGUUCAGUUCGGACAGAAGCUAGAAUGUGUUGUUGAGGGCACAUCCAGGACCUUGUUUUUUGUCUCAUCGUCCGAGGAAAUACUUGCAUAUAUAUACCUAGUUGCACCAGAAAACCCUUUAGGUACCACCGUUACUGCUUUGAGCCUAAUUGUGGUUGAGGUUUAA